AUGAAGGCGCUGCGCGGCAAGGGAAAGGAGACAAAGUCGGCCAAGAGCACGAGCACGAGCGUGCCCAAGCGGUGGUCCGGACAGUUCUCCAAUGUCUCGACCAGCAGCGAUGGCGGGACUCCGCUGACGCUCGACGGCCUGCUCGAGCACGAGCGCGCAAUGGAUAACUCCAAGUGCUCCACAGCCUACGGCCUGUCGCGCCUCAAGCGCACCGACCCGUCGGAGUGGACCGUCUCCGACGUGGGCGUGUGGCUCGACUGGCUCUCCCUGAGCGAGUACCGGGCCGAGUUCAUGAAGAACGCCGUCUCCGGUGCCGAACUCAAGGAACUCGACAACGCCGACUUUAUCUCUCUCGGCAUCAACAAAGUGGGCCACAGGAAGAAGCUGGAGCGGCGGGUCAAGAUGCUGCAGCACGGGCUGGACCCGAUGGGCGAAGACGACGACGGCAAUUCGUCGCACUCGUCCUCCCACUCCUCGAUCCAGUCCUCCCACUCCACCAACUCCAAGGCCUCGCACAAGGUGGACCCGCCCUCGAGCGCCAGCGCCAGUGUGGCCUCGGAGGGCUAUCAGGCGAAAUUGAAGAAGGACAAGAUCACGCUCAAGUGCGUGUUCAAGGAUGACAUCUCGCUGCUGCACGUGUCGCCGCUGGUGGAGUUCGCGGAGCUGGGGAAGAAGAUCAAGAAGGAGUACGGCCGCAUGAUGGAGAUCAAGUACAAGGACGCCGAGGGCGACCUCAUUCGUGUCAAGACCACCAAGGGCCUCCGCAGCGCCAUCAAGAACUGGUCCGGCGAAGGGUCGCUCAAGCUGCUGCUGUCGGAGAAGAAGAAAAAGAUCACCAAGCGCAACGCAGACAUCAUGGACACGAUGAUCGACGCUGUGAUCACGAUCGACCCCAAGGGCAAGAUUCUGGUGUUCAACAAGAAGGCCGAGGAGAUCUUCGGCUAUCGCAAGAAGCAGGUGCUCAAGAAGAACGUCAACAUGCUCAUGCCGCCCGAUGUGGCCCUCAGUCACGACGGCUACCUGAAGACCUACAAGCGCACCAAGAAGCGACACAUCAUCGGCAUUGGCCGCCAGGUCAACGCUCGACACUCGGACGGCCACGAGUUCCCGAUUCAUCUCUCCAUCAGCGAGAGCAAGACCAACGACGAUACCCUCUUCACCGCCACCAUCCGCUUGAUCACCGCUGAAGCCACUCGCGAGGCCGCCGCGGUCGAGUCUGCGUCGACGUCGACAGCGGGCGGGGUGUCGACCGCCUCGCCCAGCGACAUGGCGAUGUUCGGUCUGCUCGACUGCCUGCUCGACUCCACGGUGGUGAUCAACCAGAACGGCAUCAUCAAGUUCUGGAACAAGGCGGCCAGCGAGCGGCUCGGGUUCUCCAAGGAAGAAGUCGUCGGCAAGAACAUCAAAAUGUGCAUGCCGGCCUCUAUUGCAGAUAAACACGACGGCUAUAUUCAGCGGUACAUGGCAACGGGUGAGGGCAAGGUGGUCGGAGUCGGCCGCAACGUGGUGGCCCAGAAGAAGAACGGCGAGAUCGUGCCGGUGCAUCUGUCGCUCACCGAACAGCAGAUCGGACCCGAUCAGCGCUACUUCACCGGCGUGAUGCGGGCCGUCGAGGAAGAGCUCGAGCAGAAGAAGACCGUCCUGCAGCAGGAGCGCGAGGUUAUGGACGGUCUCGCCGUUCCCGCCAUGAUCAGCGACGAGACUGGCAAGAUCCACGGAUUCAACAGCGCGCUGACAGGUUUGCUGGGCUACAACCUGAUCGACGUCAUCGGUCGCAGCAGAGUCAUGCUCAUGCCCGCCGACACCGCCAAGGAACACGAGGGCUUCAUUCAGGGCUUCCUGAAGAGCGGGGAUGCGGGUGUGUUGCGUGAGGGGCGCGAUCUGGUGUGCGUCCACAAGGACGGCUCCAUGCUUCCCCUCCAUCUGAGCGUCAACGCUAAGAAGGACGGCCCCAAGUACCUCUUCACCACCAUCUUCCAGAAAAUGUAA